UCUACUUCCGGUUUCUGCACUGUGCAACUAUUUCAGUUAUAUUUUUAAUUAACGAUGCCAAGUACUUGUUGUUGUGUACCUGGAUGUCAUUUAAGAGGAGGACAUGCAAUUUCCAAAUGACUUAAAAAGAAGGAAAAGUUGGAUCAACGCCAUGGCCCAUACGCAGAUUGGACGAGAACACGAUGAUAUCGUGGAGUCCAUCUCAAUCAGCUGUUGUUUGCAAGGCACGUUUUACUGAAAAAGUCUACGUGCAGGAAACUUUUCAUGGGCGCAAACCCACCAUACAGAGACUUAAGUCUACUGCAAUUCCCAGCCUAUUUUCCUGGACCAAGCAAGAGACUGAAUCGUCCGCAAAAAGAAAAAUCAGGGCAGUUUCCUGUGAAAACAAAAGAACUAAACUUGAUGAAUAUUGUAGUAGAAAUCUAGAGGAAAGUUUUGAUUGUAAAGUUGGUUUUCCUGAAGAAGUCAUUCAUACUGCAGAAAGGAUUUAUGACUGUCCACCACCAACUGCCGAGCUAAUGUUGAGCUUCACAGAUGGAAUUACGCAAACACCAUCAAUGCCUAUGUUUUCAGCAGAGAAUUUUGAAAUGAAGACACGUGACACAGCCAUGCAUUUUUAUACCGGUUUAGAGUUGUAUACUAAAUUUUUAUUUGUUUUGACCACACUUGGUCCAGCAGCACAUUGUUUGAGAUACAUAUAUUUUCAAAUUGAUAGGGUGUCAGUUGAAAAUCAGUUUUUUUAUGACUUUGAUGAAAUUGAGGCAUCAUACAACCAACUUUGAACUGUCUAGAUUCUAGAUUGAAUCUAGUGUUAAGAAUAUUGUGUAUACAUGGAUUGUUUUUAUGUCUAAACAGUGGUGUGAGGCUAACACUUGGCCAUCUAGUGGUAUAGUCAGGUAUUUUUCACCAUCCAACUUCAAAUUAAAGUUUCCUACGACUUGGAUUAUUAUUGACAGCACAGAAUAUCCCGUGAUAAAACCUAAAGCUCCUAGA